AUGUGCUUCGGAGUCACCUGCUCGACCUGCUCAAAGGCGACCUGGCGCGGCUGCGGCGCGCACAUCCCCGCGGCUCUCAGCGGCGUGCCCGAGGACCAGUGGUGCACCUGCACGCCCAAGGUCACGGUCAACGGCAAGGAGUACCCCCCGGCGGGAACGGUGUCCAUUCCUGGUAUGUCUUGGUUGAGCGGCUUGUUUGGCGGAGGCAGUUCCAAUGACAAGACGACACAGGGUACUAAGAGGCGGGACGAGCUGUGA